UGCCAUAGGUGUGAUGGCUUUUCAUUUUAGGGCAUCUCACCUCUACAUCACACUGGAGGUAUUAACCUCUUUGUUUGCAGAGAAGGGGGGGCAGCCAGGGACAUCUAACAGGUGGGGCGUGUGGCUUUGUGACUACCUACGUGUAAACAAGUUAGGCUAUCUUUAGAAUAAGAAGGGGGUUUGGGAGGCAGAGAAUAAUAGGAUUUGAAGGGUUGGAAGCUAAUGGGAAUAGAUGUGUGUCUGUUAUUUCCUAAACGUGGGAUCGCCCAGCUGAGCUAUGUGAACAGAUUGGAAAGGCUAAGUGACUUUACUAGAGCCAAUGGCUGUGAUGCUGUAAGCCAGACUGAACAGAAGGGGCUGAUUGUGUUUUCAGUUCCUCUGCUAGCUGUGACUCGGGACUGGGGAGUCUGCCUCCCUCCCUCUCCCCAAUGUCUCAGAAGACCAGGGACAGCGCAGGGUUGGAAGCUGUUCAGUGCGGUGGUGCUGAAAUCUAAGACCAAGCAGUGACACUCUUCACACGUCAGAGCCUACAAUCCGGAGACCUCUUGGAAUAUCCUCACUUCCAUGCUCUUCUGCUGGAUAUAAAGAUCUUGGCACAGCAUGUCUGAAAGCAUGCAUUCAACUCAUUAAACUGACCGUCAGUGUGAACCUGCACAACCUGUCCUGAGCAAACCAGGGUACAUUUACAGCUGUAUACUGAAGUGUGUGGUCUUGUAGGUAUUGCGUUUACACUGACGAAGUAAACUGAAGCAGCUUUCUUUUAGUCACAUUAUAAUAUAAUUUAAGGGCAGACCUUCAUCUCAUUCACAAAUUUAACUCUGCAGUAAAGUCACUGCAGCCUGCAACCAGUGUGCUGCACAAGUAUGGCUUUUAUGGUGAAAACUAUGGUGGGGGGACAACUGAAGAACCUCACAGGAGGUCUGGGGGGCAAAGAAGAGAAGGGGGAAGGAGAGAAAUCACCAGCUGAAGCCCAAGGAAUGACGAGGGAGGAAUAUGAAGAGUAUCAGAAGCAACUUCUAGAAGAGAAGAUGGAGCGUGAUGCUUUGUACACUCAACGCAAAGCAGAAAGAGCCACGCUACGGACUCACUUCAGGGAUAAAUACCGCCUACCCAAGAAUGACACUGAUGAUUCACAGAUCCAGUUAGCUGGUGGUGACGUGGAGCUUCCCAAGGAGUUGGCAAAAAUGAUUGAAGAGGAUAACGAAGAGGAGGAAGGAAAAUCAUCAGUCAUUGGACAACUAACCAACAUCCAGAAUAUUGACUUGGACUCAAUUAAAGGAAAAGCCCAGUCCACUUUGGAUGACCUGAAGCAGUCAGCUGAAAAGUGUACUGUCAUGUGACUUUUCUUAAAGCCCCAAACUAUCUCAGUUUGCUGACAGUCAGUGAGGUCAUUUGAACUUGCUGUCCAGCUCUGAGAUCUAGAUUGCACAACACUGGUUACAUAACAUAUGUUUUGGAGAUAAUAUGACUCUAACGUGUACACCCAGUUUCAACUCAAGUUUUACCAGCCAUCCUCUAGAUCACGUGGGAAAACUUAGUUCUUGAGCAUGUGAUCACCAGAUUUGAACAUUUAUAAUUCUCUGGAAAAAAAAGGUAGUUAUCUGAUCAUAUGUAGUAAGAGGUUAACAUUCCUGAUCUUUAAAACAUGAUCAGACAGUCUAUAUGGUAUCUGUGCAAAACUUGAAAGAUGAUCACAUGGAGCAUAAAACAUGUAUUGUGUUAUAUGUAUAAGUCUUUUCUUGUAUGGAGUUAACACUAAAGUUUAUCUAUUUUGUGGUGAGAUGACAAUUUUAUGUACAGCUUUUCUGGUGCACCAAUUUUUCAGUACCUGAACUAACCUUUGUUAAUGGCGUGCACACUGUAGAUAUACUCAUUAUCCCAAUUUCUAUUUUUCAAUUUUAGCUGAGCCAAAACAAAGAACCUAAAAUAUUUAAAAAUAAAGAAAUAUCUAGGUCCAGAUCUCAGGGCAGUGUUGAUGAUAGAUGCACAUCCUGUAUCUAGAGGAAGCAAUAAUUAGAAUAACAGAUAAUAUGAUGAUAAGCAGAGUUAGAUGGUAUUAUACAGCAUAUUUCAUGGAAAUAAUGUUAGGACCUUGUACCAUUUGAAAACAGCACACUUGCUGAAUCUUGCAACAGCAUGGACAUCCCUUUGCAGACCAUGUACCCUUAUACUGCACACUAAGGCAACAUAUUUAAUAUAUUGCAAAACACUAUCAUGUGGAAAGGGAUAACAGAAUAUGGACCCUAUGCUAUUUAACAGAGAGCACAUAUGACGAGACACGAUGACCCAGAGAUACUGUACCUUCCUGUGUGUCUCAGCACUGCGUAGUGUGCUUGGUCUGUAGUUGGAUGUCUGGUUUUAUUAGAACUGUGAGUUUUGUAGUGGUAGUUUCUACUAGUAAUCUCAUUUUUAACUUGUUAUUAAACAACUUUGGAAA